CGCUGUGAACGCCCUGCCACUAUGUCAGCCUGCGCGCCGCAGCCCCUCGCCUUUGAACUGCCCCGCGCCGCUCCGCGUCCCCACCGCCGGCUCGCCGCCCGCCCCGCCGCCCGCCGGCCUCCGCGGGCCUCCGCGCCCCUCCGCACCCCUCCGCGCCCCGCCCCGGCACGGCUCCCGCCGGGGACGGCGUUGGCGGAGGACCUGUGAUGAUCAGCUGAGCCCGCGCCUCCCGCUUCUCCGGCUGCCCCGGCCGCCUCCUCCUCCUCCUCCUCCGCCUCUUCCUCCCGCCGUCGCCCGCUGCCGCCGCCCGGUGCCCCCCAGCGCGCCCCGCACCGCGCCCCGCCGAGCCGAGCCGCCCGCCCGGCCGAAGCAUGUCCAAGCCCAGCGACCACAUCAAGCGCCCCAUGAACGCCUUCAUGGUGUGGUCCCGCGGCCAGCGGCGCAAGAUGGCCCAGGAGAACCCCAAAAUGCACAACUCGGAGAUUAGCAAGCGGCUGGGCGCGGAGUGGAAGCUGCUUUCCGAGGCGGAGAAGCGCCCCUACAUCGACGAGGCCAAGCGGCUGCGGGCGCAGCACAUGAAGGAGCAUCCCGACUACAAGUACAGACCCCGGCGCAAGCCCAAGAACCUGCUGAAAAAGGACAGGUAUGUCUUCCCUUUGCCUUACCUCGGGGAAACCGAUCCCUUAAAGGCCGCCGGGCUUCCCGUGGGGGCCACUGACUCUCUGCUGAGCUCCCCGGAGAAGGCCAGGGCUUUCCUGCCUCCCACCUCAGCACCUUACUCCUUACUUGACCCCAGCCAGUUCAGCUCCAGCGCCAUUCAGAAGAUGACUGAGGUUCCUCACACCUUAGCCACCAGCACCCUGCCCUACGCCUCCACCUUGGGAUACCAGAACGGGGCGUUCGGCAGCUUGAGCUGCCCCAGCCAACACACCCACACUCACCCCUCGCCAACUAACCCGGGCUAUGUCGUGCCAUGUAACUGUACAGCUUGGUCGGCUUCCAGUUUGCAGCCUCCAGUUGCCUACAUAUUAUUCCCGGGCAUGACCAAGACUGGGAUAGACCCCUAUUCUUCAGCACAUGCGACUGCUAUGUAACACCCACCCACACCCCCACAGGCGUCCCCCCGCCCCGAGCGAGGCUUGGGUUGCAGCCGGAACUGGGAUUCAUUCAUGUGCAUGUACAUAAAACCCGCAGAAGCAAAAGGCCACCCGAACACAGGACUCUGCCGCCCGCCACCGCGCCGGGACAGCCGCGGACGCUGCCUCGGGGAUGCUCCCGGAGAUGCUCUCGCCCAAACCCGGCCCUCGCCCCGAGAGCUGUCCCCAGGCUCGGGGGGGGAUCUGCAGCCGCGGGGGCGGAUGGCAACCCGGCGCUUGUAAGAGUUGUAAAUGUGUUUAAAAAAAUCCCGGAAAAAAAAAAAAAAAAAAGGAAAGAAAAAAAAGCGAAAGAAAAGCGAACCUUGAACUGCCCCUUUGGGACAAAGCGGGGAAAUAUAAGAGAGAUAGAGGCGGUUUCGAUUUUUAUUUAUUCUCUUAAUGUCUAUGAGUUCUCCAGGGUCUCAUGUCACUUGGACUUGACUUUGGGAAGUCCCGGUGUUACUAUGAGUUUUUGUUUUUGUUUUUGUUUUCCUUUUGCACAUUGAAAGACGAGAUCAGCUGUGUUAUAUAUAUAAAUAUAUAUAUAUUUUGCCACCACGCACUACUAGUUAAAAAUUGCUUUUCAUGUCAGAAAAAAGGCUCUUCAAAGUUAAAAUAACAAAAAAAAGAGGGGGAGAAACAUUUAUAUUUAAAACAUAUGAUAGUGUUUGCUUAAUUUAAAACAGAUAGUCCUUAAAUUUGUGUGAUCCAGUGAGACUAGAUCUAAGUUUACUUUAGACAGAGCGUCAGGUAUGAAGUCAGGCAGUAGAAUUGUAAAAAAAAUACUACUACUACUACUACUACUAAUAAUAACGAAAAACCGAAUAAGAAGCGACGGUCAUUUAAAUAUGUUUUCGCGAUGUCUUGGGAAGAAAAAAGAAAA